AGUGAGUCCCGACCAAGUGAGUAAGACCCACUCAGCAGUGUCUCAGUCACAACGAGAUCGGCAAGCUGAAUGGUCAAUCGCGUGUCUCAUCGUGCUUUAAAAAAUAAAUAAAUAAUUUCUCUCUCAAAAAUAAACCAACCCCCCCCCUCUCAAAUUAUCAUCCCUAAAAAAUUGAUUUUCCAAAAAAAAAAUUUUUGGACUAGAAAAAAACUUUUCAUUUUUCUCGGAUUACGAAUGUCAUUUAUAAUUAUAUUAAUUAUUAUUAUCCUCGUUAUUAUUGGUGAUCCUUUAAUAAAAUCAAGAAUGAGAAAAGGGUGGUUUUGUCAAAAAAUUCAAUUGUCAGAUGAUAAAUUUAUGAAUAAAAAAUUGAAAGAAAUGUUAAUUGAACUGGGACAAUGUGGAGAUAUCUGGUGCGGUCUCGAACUAUCUAGUAAUUAAUUUGGUUUUUUUUUUUUUUUUUUUUUUUGGAUAGUGAGGACAUAGGUUUUUAAUUCGUGAUUAAGGAAAAAUUGAAAAAAAAGACUUCCAGUAGAGUAACCGGAAGUGCGUGAGUGGAUGCAAAAAAGCUGUAUCGUUGUUGGGAGAAGCCAAAGAGUCUCCUGCCGGAGGAAGAGGAAGAGAUGAUCUUCGGGCUGCUGGUGGCUGGAGCUAUUGCCCUUGCCACUCUAAGGCGGUAUUCGCUGAUACAUACUGCAACAAUUACAAGUUUAGCAUUUUUCUUGAGUUCUGGUUUAACUUCCGUGACUGCUGCUCCCUCAUACAGUCAUCGAAGUAUUAUAUCUGAAGCUAUCGAUAUGGAACCUUGGGUACAACCCUGUGGAACACCAGUCGCUGCACCCUUAAGGAAAAUACCUCAACGACACAGUGUUCAUCGUGCAUUAAAAAGGGUACGAACACAAUUAAGGGUCGCACAAGAACAUCUACGAAAGGACAUCAAGGAUAUUCACGAAAUUUAUUCAAAAGUGUACAAAGUGCUGAAGGAGCAACAAUACCGAAUGUCCUGGUUACCCGAGAAACAACUCGAUUGGUAUCAUCGUGAAUUAUGGUGUUUGGAAAAAAGUAAAAAAGCAGAAAAAGCACUUCCACGUUUACACGAUGCCCUACAAAGGUUCGCCAUUACAUUUUAUCAUUUGAGAGCAUUUCGUCUCAAAUCAAAUAUUAAUGCCGAGCUCACAAUGAGCAGGAGGAAUGAGAUUAUUGAUGGAAUGUACAACGAAGUGCGAAGGACGUUGUGCGAAGUGGAAACGGCAAUUUUCAAUUUAGGAUUACAAUUGCCAACAACUCAUAAGGCAAAUAUUGUGACGGAAAGUUCAAAUUGGGCCGAGGAGGGUGAUUUGACAUUAAUGUUAAUUCAAGACUCGGGUGUAUUGCGACUCUAUAGAGAUUUUCUCAACGAUUGGACAAGAGCAUUUCGUAAUGCAACUGCAAUUGGACCCGGUACAUGUGAUCCAAAUAUGAUUAAGCCCCUCAUUUAUAAAUCGAAAAAGACAAAAAAAGAAUUUCAACAACAUAAAAAAAAACCGAAAAAUCCAUUAAAAAAACAAAAUAAUGGACAAAUUAAAAAAAAUUUGUCUUUUAAUAAUAGAAAUCGACAAUUUUUACAAAAUAUGCGAUGGGGAUUGAGAAGAAGAUUAGGUAGCAAUAAACCAAGGACGACUGACAAUUGAAAAAAAAAAAAUUUUAAUUUUUCUCCGAAGUACCUUUUUUUUUAUAUAUAAAAUUACUCUUCUUUUUUGUACUUAAUUUUUUUUUUCUACUUAAAAUGAAAUUAUAAAGUACUUUUAAAAUUAAGAUAUUUUUUUGUGGAUGUUGGGACAUAUUUUUUUUGUCCUUGGUAAUUGCAAUUAUAUAGGUAAAACAGUAUUACAAGAUCUUGAGUUCUGAACGAUUAAACAGUAUUAUAUGUAUGUUGUUUAAAAUACGAAACUUUUUUUUUUUUUUUAUUUUAUUUCUGAUAAACGUGAAAAUGGCGCAAAUGAUUUUAGAAAAUACAAUUAUUAUUUAGAUUUGAAUUGUAAACAAAUUUCCAGGUCACAAAAUUUAAAAAACUAUUUUUUUGUAAUACAGUCAAACCUUGGUUAAAGGACCCACUGAAUUUUAUGGAAGUUAUUAAGUAAAAAUUAUUUCAAAAAAAUUUCGUGAAAAAUAUAUUGCAAAAUAAUACAAAAUUUUGCAAUUCUCGGAGAAUUUUAUGUUUGCAAUAUUCUUAACGAGGGAUUAGUGUAUAAAAAACAAUUAAAGAAGAAUUACAUGAUUUUAUAAUAAAAAAUUAAAAUUUCGUAUUCAAAUUAAAUUUAGCUAUUAAUUAGAAAAAGUCAAUACAGUGAAACCUGUUCAAGUGAGAUUUUUUUUUAUUUAAUCCCACUUAAAGAGGUAUUUCACUAUAAAUAAAAAUAUUUCCAUAUAAAUAUUCUUGUAAUUGAGAUUUCGUUUACUGUCCCAUUUAGCCAGGUUUGACUGUAUACAUAUUCAAAUUUAUCAUAUAUAGUACAAGACUGUAUUAUGUAAAGAUAAUUAUUAUGUAUCGCGAAAAUUUUUGUAUUAUAUAUAUACAAUUCAAAAUUGUAUUAUAAUUUUCUGUAUUAUUGUAUUUACUUUAUUUUUAAGGCACCGACUCUCGUGUAAUUUAUUUAUUUGUAACUUCAUCGCACAUUUAGUGUCGAAGGCUUGAAGUUGAAAGCUGUGAUAUGAUUCUCGUAUGUGGACACUACAAAGUUCCUACGUUUUCUUUUUUUUCUUAGCUAUUGUACAGAAAGAUUUUAAUAAGUUUUAUAUAUAUUUUUAAAAAAAAUUGUAUACUUUACAAAUAGAGGCAUAUUAGGUAUACCAAUAUACGUAAGUUCAGUAUUUUUCUUUCAGCAUUUUUACUAUAAUUAAAAAUUCGACUUUUUGUGAUAUAAACGUUUCCAAAAAAAAAAACUACUAUA